CCGCGAGCUUUGAAGGGACGGGACCCUCCUCCUGCUCCAACCACACCCACCUUUUCUCCAACUCCCAGACUCCGCAUUCCCUCACGUAGCGGCCCCGCACCGUGUCUCGCCCGCGACUCCUCUGCCGCUCCCUCCCAACCACGGCUCAGACGUCGGGCGCUCGGGCAGAGCCGGCGGCGCGUUGGGGGCAUGCGCUCCAUGAAGGCUUUGCAGAAUGCGUUGAGCGGGGCCGGCAGAAGGGGAGGCUGGGGUCACCUAAGCCGGAGCCCCCUCCUUGGCGGGGGCGUCCGUCACCACCUCAGUGAGGCCGCGGCGCAGGACAGGGAGAAGCCUCACAGUCACCAGCCGCAGCACCAGGAUCAUGAUUCGUCAGAAAGUGGCAUGCUGUCCCGUCUGGGUGAUUUGCUCUUCUACACAAUUGCUGAGGGACAGGAACGAAUCCCUAUCCACAAGUUCACUACAGCACUGAAGGCCACUGGACUGCAGACAUCAGAUCCCCGACUCCGGGACUGUAUGAGUCAGAUGCGCCACAUGGUUCAAGAGUCCAGCAGUGGUGGCCUCUUGGACCGAAAUCUCUUCCGAAAGUGUGUGAGCAGCAACAUUGUGCUCCUGACCCAGGCGUUCCGAAAGAAGUUUGUCAUUCCUGAUUUUGAGGAGUUCACGGGACAUGUGGAUCGCAUCUUUGAGAAUGCCAAAGAGCUCACUGGAGGCAAAGUGGCGGCCUAUAUCCCUCAGUUGGCCAAGUCAAACCCAGACUUGUGGGGCGUAUCCCUGUGCACUGUGGAUGGUCAGCGGCACUCCGUUGGCCACACAAAGAUCCCCUUUUGCCUGCAGUCCUGUGUGAAGCCCCUCACCUAUGCCAUCUCCAUAAGCACCCUAGGCACUGACUAUGUGCACAAGUUUGUGGGCAAAGAGCCCAGUGGCCUGCGCUACAACAAGCUCUCCCUCAAUGAGGAAGGAAUUCCCCAUAACCCUAUGGUCAAUGCUGGUGCCAUUGUCGUCAGCUCCCUAAUCAAGAUGGACUGUAACAAAGCAGAGAAGUUUGAUUUUGUGUUACAAUAUCUGAACAAAAUGGCCGGGAAUGAAUACAUAGGUUUCAGCAAUGCUACGUAA